AUGAAGAAAGGCCGAGUUCUGGUGGAGCCGGCGACGGCAGUAGCGGAGACGCGGUUCCGCGGCGUGCGGAAGCAGCCGUGGGGGCGGUUCGCGGCCGAGAUCAGGGACCCCUGGAAGAAGGUCAGGGUGUGGCUCGGAACCUUCGACUCGGCCGAGGCUGCCGCUCUGGCCUACGACUCCGCCGCUCGCGCAUUCCGUGGUUCCAAGGCCAAGACCAACUUUCCCCUAGCCGCCGCCGCUGCUGCGUCUCCCACCCCUACUCCUGCAUUCCGCUGCCCUCCCUCCGCUGACCCAACCCUAGGGUUUUGA